AUGGCCAUCGGCGUAGCCAUCAUAGGAAGCGGGAACUUCGCCCGCGAAGAACACCUGCCCGGCGUGCAAGCAUCGGAUGCAUUCGACCUAAAAGCCAUCUACUCGCGGUCCCUCACUUCAGCCCAAAUCCUCGCAACCGGGGUCUCCGGAAUCGACCUAUACUCGGAAGACGCAGGGCCGGGGAAGACUUACGAUGAUUUGCUGAGUCGGUCGGACAUUACGGCCGUUAUUAUAGCUCUCCCCAUCCUCGCACAGCCAGAGUUCAUCCGCAAGGCCCUGACAGCGGGGAAACAUGUUCUGUCCGAGAAGCCAAUCGCGAAGGAUCUAUCUGCAGCGCAGGACCUGAUCAACCUCCACAACUCCCGUAUCGUCAGCAGCAAGACUGUGUGGGCUGUAGCCGAGAACUGGCGCUACAUGAGCAAGUUUGUGCGGGCUGCGGAGGAAGUGCGGAGACUUGGUGGUGUGAAGAAUUUCCGGGUGGUCAUGAGGAGUAUGAUUAAGCCCGGGUCGAAGUAUCAUAAAACGGAAUGGCGUCGGAAACCCGAGUACCAGGGUGGGUUUGUUCUGGACGGCGGUGUUCAUGUUGUUGCUGCGCUGCGGUUGAUUCUGGGACAGAGUGAUGGUCUGGCGAUGGUUGCUGCGCAUUCGUCGUUGCGGCAGGAGCAUCUGGCCCCUGUUGAUACUGUUGAUGCGUUGGUUAAGACCCGGUCGGGCGCUACGGGUGUGCUGUCUGUCUCUUAUGGUUCGGAGAUCAAUGAUUCCCUUUUCGAGUUUACAUGCGCGGACGGUGUCGUGACGUUGGAUUUUGAUCGGUUGACGGUGAAUGGUGAGGGUUAUGAUGUGCCGUUUGAAGGCCGCGGUGUCAAUAAGGAGCUUGUUGAGUUCGCAGAGUCCAUAACCACUGGAGAUGGGAUUGCGACCCGCUUGCGACCGGAGGAAGCAUUGGCGGAUUUGGAGGUGAUGGAGGGCAUCUUCACUAGUAGCGAGAAGGCUGGGGAAAAUCGGAAUCUGCACCUGCAGAUUUGA